GUACUUUUUAUACUUAUGUAAUGAUUCCAGAAGAAAAAUAUGCAGUUCUUAUGGACAGAUGUGUGUAAAGAGGCAAACAUAAGGCCAAUGGCUAGUCUACUCGGAUGGGUGACAAUCGGCAGCUCAAAAAAUCCACCGUUAUUUCUUGAAGAAACUCCACGACUACCAGGAUAAUUAGCAAAAAUUAUGGUCCAAUCAAUCCCAACACCUGAGUCAUAGCCUUGCAUUCAAAGCUAAAGCUAUCAUUCUUUCGCUGCUUUGACUAGUAGUUGCAGCUCAAAACUUUCUUGGCAUUGAUCUAUAUGAUGCUUUACAAAACAGAAUAUACUUGGAAUACAAUUCCCAGUUUCAAGGAAAUGCAGAUUCAUUUCAAUGGAUGAGCCGCUUCUCUCCAAGAAUACAGUAGCAGCAGAACCCAAGCAGCCAUUACCAGAAAGUAGAGCGUCCCCCAGUUAUACUGACAUCAGGCCACCAUCACAACAAUCUAACCACCACCUUGUCAACACCGACUCCUUUAUUUUCCCAGCACCAAGAACCAAAUCUUCAUUGGCAAACCUUUUAGCUAAUCUGAACGAGAAGAAAAAAAUCACCAGGAGGUCAAAUUCUGCGCCUUCCAUUUUAACAGAUGUGAAGGAAGGAAUCCACGAUUCUUUAGACCCAAGACCUGCCAUAAAAUCAGUACCUUCAAUUGUCAAGCAAGCCUCUUGUGGAUUAGUUGUGUAUAUAAUAAUUGGCAUCACAAUAUACCUGCUGAGAUGGAGAAGUUUCAAGGGUAAACAAACCUGGAAGCCAAUAGAUGCUUUAUACUUCAAUGUGGUCACACUAUGUACCAUUGGAUAUGGUGACAUAGUUCCAGACACAACAUUUACCAAACUGUACACAUGUGCCCUUAUUUUAGUUGGUUUUGGAUUCAUAGACAUAUUGCUGCAUGGACUAUUUACCUAUGUUCUUGAUAGGCAGGAGGAAGUACUGUUAAGCACCGUUGAUGAGAGCCGAUUAAAUGCAGUGUUUAGAGCAUACAUGAUAGAUACCGCAAAGGGCAGAAUGAGGAUACGUAUCAAAGUGGGAUUGGCUUUGGCAGUUGUAGUUGGUUGUAUAGCCAUUGGAACAGUCAUGGUGCAUAAAUUAGAAGAACAAAAUUGGAUUGACAGCUUUUAUUUAUCUGUAACAUCUGUGACUACAGUAGGAUAUGGGGAUUAUGCCUUCUCAACGCUUCAGGGAAGGUGCUUUGCCAUAAUCUGGCUAUUGGUGAGCACUCUGGCUGUUGCAAGGGCCUUUCUGUAUCUAACUGAGCUCAGGAUUGACAGAAGAAAUCGCAAGAUAGCUAAAUGGAUUCUUCAAAAGAAGAUGACUCCAGGGGAUCUAGUUGCUGCAGAUCUUGAUCACAAUGGUUCUAUCAGUAAAUCUGAAUAUGUCAUCUACAAGCUGAAGGAAAUGGGAAAAAUAGCAGAGAAAGACAUCCAGCAAAUAUGCAACCAAUUUGACAUGUUAGACAGCAACCACUGCGGCAAACUUACCAUUACCGAUAUCAUGGGAAGUGACAGUGAUUGAUACCCCUCUAGGCAGGAUCUAUGCGAGCAGCAGACAGUGGUACCAUCCCCAUCUUUAACCUUAAAGCUGGGACCUAAAAUCCAACUGUACGAAGGCAAAUGGGCAUAAGAGGCGGUAAAACAUAAACCUUUGAACAUUUUACCCAAGAUGUAGAUAAGUACCUAGAUGAUUCCUACUGGAAGCUUUCAAGUCAAAUAUAGUUCCAAGGUUACUUCAGCUGGAAAAUUCUAUCUACAAGCUGAAGCAUGAUUACCUCCACUUGCUAAUGGAGGAAUUCACAUUUGUACACUGAUGUUUGUGACUAUUCAUCCAAAAAGCACAUCAAAAGAUUCUUGUCCCAAGAUGCAAUUCAUUUCUACCCCUAGCUUCAGAAAUUUGCCAUGGGAUCACUAAUUUUUAUCUGAUGGAAGACUUGUCGAUAACAUGCUAACCCAAAUAAGGACUUCAAGCUAAUAGCUAUCACCAUUCUUGACUGGGAUAAUUAAUGGGUAUAAAUGAAGACAUUAAACAAAUCAUGUUUUAAGAUGCAUCAUACAAACAGAAACAAUCUUGCAAUCUCAAGGUUAUCAGACUUUCCCAUUUCACAAUCUCUAAAUAGUAUUAAGUAGAACAGCAAAAAGCAAGUUCUGAAUGAACAAUUCAAUUGCUCAGAAACUAUAUUUGCUGCACCUAAAGCUUUUUGACCUCUGCAAUCAUAACUUAAAACUGAAAACAACCCAAUCUUUAGGAGGAAUAGCACUUCAUCAUUCUUGAAAGACCUCAGAUUAGAAAAAAGGCCCUUAAAGAGGCCUCUCGGGCAAGCAACGCAUGGGAAAGUGCUAAGAAGAAAGAACUGUGAUGCUUCAUGAAU